GCCCCUGAGUUGUCUGUGUUUGUGUUUUUUUGGUUUUAUUUUGUGGAUUUAUUGGAUGGACAUUAUGGGACAGGCUCAAACUACUCCUUUAAGCAUUAUGGUCGAUCAUUUUAAAGAGGUAAAGGGAAGGGCCAGCAACCUCAGUGCGGAGGUCCGGAAGGACUGGUGGCAGACUUUUUGUUCUAGGGAGUGGCCGACUUUUAAUGUUGGGUGGCCGCCGGAGGGGACUUUCGAUCUCCCCACCAUUUGGCGGGUUAGGGACGUCGUCUCCCAGCCCAAAGAAGGACAUCCUGGUCAACUCUCUUACAUUGUUACUUGGCAGGACCUCGUGGAAAAUCCACCACCUUGGCUUAGGCCCUUCCUACCUCCACACCCUCUGGAGCCAGAACCCAUUCUUGCCUUGCAGGAAGCGGAGAAGAAGAAGGAGAAGAAAGCCACCCUGCCGUCAGCUCCAGCUCCCCCCUACCCGGUUUUGCAGGGGGGAACUGGAGAAGAGUUAAUUUUUCCUCCCCCGUAUCAUUUCCACAGGAUGCCGGAGAGAUUCAAUCCUACCCUGUCGCAGGAAGCUGACGCAGUUCUGGGAAUGGCUGGGGGUGGGGUUCCGGGAAUGGCCAUGGUUCCGGUUCCGGUAGGAGGCCCACCUCUCACCCGGCAAAGAGCUCAGCGGGAGCUGUCUGUCGCAGCACCCGACUCCACUAUCAAGACCCUGCCCUUAUGGGCCACUGGACCCCCGGAUGCGGAUGGCAACCAGCCCCAUAUUUAUUGGCCUUUUGCAACUAGCGACCUCUAUAACUGGAAGGCACAGAACCCUAAGUUCUCCGAAAAACCGGGGAGACUUAUUGACUUGCUAGAUUCUGUUCUUUUCACCCAUCAGCCCACAUGGGAUGACUGUCAGCAGCUUUUACAGGUUCUGUUCACAACGGAAGAGAGAGAAAGGAUCCUCAAUGAGGCCCGAAAGAUGGUUCCUGGUGUAGAUGGAAAUCCAACCACAAACCAGGCCCAGAUAGAUGUCUCUUUUCCCUUGACUAGGCCUGAAUGGGAUUUCAACACGGCAGAAGGUAAGGAGAGGCUCUUGGUCUACCAUCAGAUUCUAAUGGGAGGUCUCCGCAGGGCUGCUAGAAAGCCCACCAAUUUGACCAAGGUAGGGAACGUACAGCAGGAAAGAGAUGAGUCUCCAGCUGCCUUUCUAGAACGGAUCAUGGAGGCAUAUCGCACCUAUACCCCCAUGGAUCCAGAAGCUCCUGAGAAUAAGGCAGCUGUAAUCAUGAGUUUUAUAAACCAGUCAGCCAUGGACAUUAGAAAGAAACUGCAGAGAAUAGAUAGAUUAGGAGAAAAGAGUUUACAGGAUUUACUGGUAGUAGCAGAGAAGGUGUUCAAUAACGGAGAGCCCCCUGAGGAUAGGCAAGCCCGCGCCAUGGUGGCUGCCAGUGACAAGCAGACUCGAAACCUGGCCAAGAUUCUGCUAGCCACCACCAUGGAGUCCCCUGAGGAGCGGACCCGCCGCCUUCGCCAGCUUGCUGAUGGCCAAGAAAGAGAGUACGGUUCCAUCCCAGUGCGGCCCUCAACCCUGCUACCCUGCUACCUGACCCUGACCUAGAUGCCCCACUACAUGACUGUGCGGGAAUCCUGGAGCAGGUACAUGGACUUUGGAAGGACUUGACUGAUCGGCCCCUCCCCGAUGCAGAGGCCACCUGGUUCACGGAUGGAAGCAGCUUCAUGCGGAACGGGUGCAGGUACGUGGGUGCAGCGGUGGUCACAGACACAAACACCAUGUGGGCGGAGGCUCUGCCCCCUGGGACAUCAGCUCAGCGAGCAGAACUCAUUGCACUCACCAAGGCACUGACGCUGGGGGCUGGAAAACGGCUUAACGUUUACACAGACAGCCGUUAUGCAUUUGCUACAGCUCAUGUUCACGGGGCAAUCUACCAGGAGAGAGGGCUAUGGACAGCAGAGGGACGGACAAUAAAAAAUAAGCAGGAAAUCCUCGACCUGCUCGCGGCUUUAUGGCUUCCUGCCAAGUUAGCCAUAAUCCACUGCCAGGGACACCAAAAAGCUGAUGACCCGGUAGUGAAAGGCAACCAAAAGGCUGACCAGGCUGCAAAGGCAGUAGCCCUU